AUGGCUAGAAUCGCAACGAACCCAGCACUUGACAUUCAACCCGACUUUGCCUCCCCUACCUUCGAACUCCUCAGAAAUCGAAUCAUCGGCGGCACGCAAACGACGCACCAAGAAGUAGCUGCUGAUCUGAUCGCAGCGUGGCAGCAAGACCGAAACCUCAGGAGCAUCGCCUGGGUCGAGCAAGAGACUGAAGAUGCGCGCUUAGCAGCUGAAGCCGCACAGGCAGAGCACGAGCAUCUGGAGCAAGAACGCCUACGCAUAGAACAAGAGACUGAAGCAGAGCUACGCGAGGUCGAAAAGAAGAAACCCAAAAUCAACGACUUCAAGAGCGGAAUGGCCGUAGGUGACACCCUUACCCCGCGCCCAUCUCAGUAUGCGAUCCACAAGCUCAAAACCUUUGAGUACGUCGAAUUGUGGUAUUUCAGCCCAGACGGUUGCAAGGAAACCUCAGACGAAGCGAAGUCAACUGCGGACGACACAUUCGGCUUCGCCAAAGUCGACGAUUUCGUCGCUCUCAAACCAGUGGCCUCCUUCAAAGCAUCACGCAAGGCCAUCCAGGAUCACAGCCUCGAAUGGCGUCAGUUUGACCUGGCCAAGAACAACUUCCUCCUCUACAUCAACAAACUGAAUUGGCCGGAGAAACAUCAGCGUGCUCUGACCAUGUUCUUCAUGAACAUUGUGGCGCACCCAUCUCGUUCCGAACCCUUUGGCGAACGAGCCCUACUCCUAUACACAGCUCGUGUACGACGAGACUGGCACGAUCUUCUCGUUCUAGACAACGCGUUUGACAUCAGUGUAUUCAAUCUGCUGUUACUGAAGAACAUGACUGAGGAAAUUUGGAAUAAAACACGGUUCGAGAGCCUCACUGAGCGGCUGUCAAUACUGACUCGUCCUUACAAAAUCUCGUCUUAUACUUAA